AUGCGAGUUUGUGUGAUUGGUGCUGGGGCAAGCGGUUUGCCUGCCAUCAAGGAAUGUCGCGCGGUUGGCCUCGAUGUGAUAGCUUACGAACGCACAAGCGAUGUCGGAGGCUUGUGGAAUUACCGACCUGAAUUAGCAGAGGGAGGCACGGUAAUGAAGUCGACAGUAAUGAAUACAUCCAAAGAAAUGACAGCCUAUUCUGAUUUCCCACCGCCUGCCAGCUUUUGCAAUUUUAUGCAUCAUUCAAAAGUUUUGGAAUAUUUGAAAGAUUAUGCCAGAGUGAAUGACUUAUAUCAAUAUAUUUGUUUCAAUACCACAGUGCAACAGGUUUCACGAAUAGGUAAUUUUUGGGAAGUAAAGACAAAUAAUGGUGAUAAGAAGCUAUUUGAUUAUGUAAUGAUGUGCACUGGACACCACAGUUUCCCACAAUAUCCUCAAAUACCUGGGAGUGAAAAAUUCAAAGGACGUAUCCUUCACUCCCAUAAAUAUCGUGAUUACCAAGGGUUUGAAGAAAAAGACAUUUUCAUCGUUGGAAUUGGUAAUUCGGCUCUUGACAUUGCUGCAGAGUUAUCUGGUGUUGCAAAGUCGGUGACAGUUUCUACCCGACGUGGCUCAUGGAUAUUCAAUCGUGUAAGUCAAGGAGGUAUCCCUAAUGAUCUGAAGAUGAUGACUCGUUUAUAUGACUAUUUGAUGGAUAAAUUGCCAUGGGGAGUUGCUAAUGAUUUCAUGGAACAUCGUCUGCAGCUACGACUGGAUCAUGAUCUAUAUGGACUUCGCCCGAACCACCGGUUUCUCCAACAGCACCCUACUAUCAACGAUGAUUUACCCAAUCUUCUCUGUAGCGGACGGAUCGUCAUUACGGAGGAUGUCGAACUAAUUCGUGAGGUGACUGUUCAAGUUAAGGGAGGACGUCAAUUUCCAGCCGACGUGAUCAUUUUUGCAACUGGUUAUACGUUUGGUUUUCCAUUUCUGUAUCCAGAAUUUAUUAUACCACUAAAGGAUCAUGAAGUGGAAUUGUACAAAUAUGUUUUCCCGUUGAAAUACUCUUCCUUAGCGGUUAUCGGUCUGAUCCAACCCAUUGGAAGUAUUUUACCAAUAUCUGAAAUGCAGUGUCGAUGGGUUGCUGCUGUAUUUAAUGGUCAAAUUAAAUUACCUCUUCACGAGGAGAUGUUAGCUGAUAUUAAACUUAAACAAGCUCAAAUUAAGAAAAGAUAUUUCAAAAGCAAGAAACACACUAUCCAAGUGGACUACAUCAAAUACAUGGACGAAAUUGCUGAACAAAUAGGUUGUAAGCCUAACUUAAUGAAGUACAUGUUCAUAGAGCCCAGUUUUUGCCUGCGAUUGCUUAUUAGUGCUAAUGCACCGUAUGUCUACCGACUUGAAGGCCCUGGAUCUUGGGAUAAAGCCAAGGAAACAUUGAUAAGCCUUCCUGAACGAGUCAAAAUUCCACUGAAGAAUAGAGAAUGUCGCAUGAAAGAUAUAAAGACGCGGAAGAAUUGCCCUGGAUCUUGGGAUAAAGCCAAGGAAACAUUGAUAAGCCUUCCUGAACGAGUCAAAAUUCCACUGAAGAAUAGAGAAUGUCGCAUGAAAAGAUAUAAAAGACGCGGAAGAAUUGAUGAGUAUUUCCGAUAUGUAUCCAUGAAAUGGCUCGCUGGAUGGACGUGUGUAAUACUUGUCACGGGCAUUUGGGUAUUCUGCUCUGGUUCUCAUAAUCUCACUACACUCACAUAUACCACAAAUGUUGUCAUCUUCCUAGUAUUUUUUUCAUUCAUUUUAUUAUGGUUUGAUUUACAAUAUGAUAUGUCCACAAUCUUCUGA